UUUUAAUCCGCUAUAUACUCCUAGGUAUUCUUAUUCGACAAGACCUAAAAGCCCUAAACGGACUAAACUUCCUAUCUCAGAAAAAGGAACAAAGAGCCGUCUAGGAAAACUUCCGGCCCCAAGGACGUCCUACCAUCACACCUACCUAGCGACCACCACCAUGCCGUCCAAAACCCAAGAUGCCGGCACAACUCCCGAGUACCGCACCCUAGGAGAAUCCAUCAACAUCGCCACCCGUCCCGUGCACACCAGCCUAAACAAACUCAUCAUCCUGCGCCUCCGCCUAGCUCUUCCGCCCCACGCCGACGACGCGUCGAACUACGUGCAAGGGCUCCUACACAUCGCGCCCAUAUACACGACCUUCGAGACGCUCUGGCAGGAAAUCCUCGACACCCCCCUCCACCUCCCCACAUCGGCCUCAGGUGUCCUCCUCACAGCAUCUUCCCCCGACUCCCAAGUAUCCCCGCGCAUCCACGCCAUCCUCGCAGCAACGCACUUCAAAGCUCUCGAGCGCUCCGCGGCGCUGAAGACGGACCUAACCCGCAUGACGGGCUGGAACGCCUCCGAGCUCGAAGCGCACCUGGACGAGGUCCCGCGCGAGUCGCGCGCGCUGGCCGCGUUCCUGGUGCGUGUACGCCGGACCGCGGAGCAGCGGCCCCACGCCCUGCUCGCGUACGCGUGGGUCUUGUACAUGGCGCUGUUCGCGGGCGGCCGCUUUAUCCGAGCGUCGCUCGAGCGCGUGGAUCCGGGGGAUCGGUUUUGGGGGCCUUUGUACGAGGGGGAUGGGGGUGGUAAAGCGGAAAUUGGUCUUGGUGCAGAGGAUGAAGAGGACGAGGACGAGGAUGACGAUGAGGGAAAUCGAAGUCCGAGGAUGAGGAUGGAGAGAAUGCCCGGCGCGUUUCCGACUUCGGCUUCUGUGAGCAUGAGCGUGAACGCACAACAGGGACGCGUGCGUAAGGCAGUAGAGAAAGCAGAAGAACUUCAACACCCCUCAUCCUUCUUCCGCUUCGACACGCCGGCCGACGGCCAGGACCUGCGCCAGGCAUUCAAGGCGCGCGUCGCGGAAGCCACGGACGUGCUGACCCCCGGCGAAAUCGAGGACGUGGUGAACGAGGCGCGCGACAUCUUCGAGCAGAUGAUCAGCCUCGUCGGCGAGCUCGACGACGUGUGCGGCACGGAGUACGAGGCGACGGCCGCGGCCGCGGCGUAGGGGAACGGUCGCCCGCUGCCGCUUUUAAGUCUGAGGAGCCGCGAUAGCGUGGUCGUUGAGAGGGAGAAGAGGGAGCGGUUGGCGUUGGCGGCGAGGGGGGAUAGGGGGAGUAAAGGGGGGAAGGGGUCUGGGAGGAGUACGCCGGUUGCGGAAGGGGGGAGGGAUGGGGGUGUGAGGUUUCGGUGAGUAGGUAGAUGUUACCUAGUAGUUUGGACUACUCGAGUAGGUACCUACCUAAGAGCUACUCGGUAUUAUAGAAGAAAUGGUGUUGGUAGCCUGGUGUAAGGAAGUUGGUGGUGUAGGUUGUAUGAGAUAGAAAUAGGACGGGCAGAAUGGAUAGAGGCGCUGGGGAUUCACUAGGGGCUGAAUACGAGAUACCCUGAAUUAUAUCUUAGAAAUAGAUUUGAUU